CGCGUGUGGGGUUGUGAUGGGAAGUUCGGAGGUGGAGGCUGUAUGUCGUUUUCGGUCUUUCUUAAAAUAAAACUGUUAAAAAAAGUUAGAUUCCAAGCCCCGGUCCUUUCUAAUCAAGGUAAUUAUUUAUUAUUGGAAAAAUGUAGCUUCCAUGUGACUAGAUGUGACAAGAGGUAAGUUCAAGUUCAGAAUAGCCAAUUUGCAACUGCUAACACGAGCCCCGCAUCGGGGCGAGUACAACUUAUAAGGGCUUUCACAAAGCUCAGAGGAGUCUUUUAACAUACAUAUAUCACGUGUAGCUGACUCGUCCCCUUCUUUAUUCUAUAUGUUUCUGUUAUGAGCCUGCUCACGUAGAAAAGCCGUUCACGUUGUGGUAGCAGGGAUCAUGGCGUCAUGUCAACAACACUACCAGAGACGUACAGUAGCGAUGUUGAGUGUUAGCGAUUGCGCGUCGUGUGAGCUUCAAGCCAUGUAACUUACAGCGCACAUAGACACUGGAAAUAAAAUUGACGACUGAACAUAACUGAGAAGGUGCUUGGGUUCGUGAAUUAUUAGGUUGCAAUAACAUCGUGUCUCCAUUUGAGCGAUUCAUUUUUGUAGCUGCAGCUGCAGUUUCUUAUUUUUGGGCAGUGCGAUACUCUACCCCCCCCCUCCCACCCCCACAUUUAUAAAAACUGACAGGCCUGUGAGUGUGAUACUUAGGGGAGAACUGUUAAAUACUGGGCUUAUCUUAUUUUUGGAGUCCUUGCCUUCUAAGUUACAGCAUGGAAGAAAGCAGCACAAACCGCAUCGUUCAGACACUGUUGAGUCACGGUGCAAAAUACAUUGACAUCGUUCAUGCGUCUUGAAAAGAGAUGGGAUUUGGAAGAUGGGGACUGAUGCUUACCGUUCAGCUUCAGCUAUCGUCUGUGGGUAAUUCAGUAUUAGAGACAGCUCCAGCAGACGUGUGUUUUUUGAUUGAUCACUACCCAACUGAUUAUCAUCCUUGUCGGCAACUUUACUGAAUGAUCAGUCCUGUGUCAAAUAAAAGGAACAGGACCCAAAUUUCUAUGAAAUUGUCCCUACCAGCAAGUUUUGUUGCGUUCGAUGCCUUGCAUCUAAAAGUGGCAUUAUGCCAGCAGCAACUGUAGACCAUAGCCAAAGAAUCUGUGAGGUGUGGGCUUCCAACCUGGAUGAGGAGCUGAAGAGAAUCCGCCAAGUGAUACGCAAAUAUAACUACAUUGCAAUGGACACAGAGUUUCCAGGCGUAGUGGCGAGGCCGAUCGGAGAAUUCAGAAGCAAUGCAGACUACCAGUACCAGCUACUGCGGUGUAAUGUAGAUUUGUUAAAGAUCAUCCAGCUAGGCCUGACUUUCAUGAAUGAGCAAGGCGAAUACCCACCAGGAACAUCGACAUGGCAGUUCAAUUUUAAGUUUAACCUUACGGAAGACAUGUAUGCGCAGGACUCCAUAGAACUGUUAACAACAUCAGGUAUCCAGUUUAAAAAGCAUGAAGAUGAGGGGAUUGAAACGCUGUAUUUUGCAGAACUGCUUAUGACCUCUGGAGUUGUGUUGUGUGAAGGAGUGAAAUGGCUUUCUUUCCACAGUGGCUAUGACUUUGGAUACCUUAUCAAAAUUUUAUCCAAUGCCAACCUGCCAGAAGAAGAAGUGGACUUCUUUGAGAUUCUCCGUUUGUUUUUUCCAAUCAUUUAUGAUGUUAAGUACCUCAUGAAGAGCUGCAAAAAUCUGAAGAUGUUCUUUGAGGAUCACAUCGACGACGCCAAGUACUGCGGCCACUUGUACGGCCUCGGCUCGGGCUCCUCCUACGUUCAGAACGGCACGGGCAACGCCUACGAGGAAGAGGCCAACAAACAGCAGCCGUGACGCGCCUGCGUCUCGCUCCAGCUCCAGAGCCGCGCGGGACGGUUCCUGGAUUUUACACACCCGAGGGGUUCGAACAAGGCCUUCAUUCUGUCGCUUGGUGUUCUUUCUUCUGUCAAUGUGUGCGAUCCUCGAGUCCGCUGGCUUGUGGGGAAAUUCAAGAGCUGGCAGCGGAGGAGAGGUUGGUGGUCUUCGGCGCAGCUCUCGUGAGAGACUGUGACGUAUUGUCGGGGAAAGGCUUCCUGCAGUGAUGGCAACCUCAGAAAUUCUUCAUUUCAGAAAUCUAUACCGUAGUAAUUUGCACUUUAGAAAUUGCUCCAGAUGACUAAUUUUAUAUAUGUAUAAAAAUAACAGACAUUGGUUAUUUCAUCCUUGUAUAACGAAAAUUUAAUACAAGGAUCUAUAGUUUGCCCUGCAUUCCACAUUAAAACAUGUUUGUUAAUGUGGAGUAAAUGGAGAUGUCCUUGAGUUACAUUUCCCACUUUCAUUUUUUAUUUUAAGGUUAAAAAAAAACUCUCAAAGCUGUUUCUUACACAAUUCAGCCUUAAUACAAAGCUGCAUUUUAAAUGUCUUUUUUUUUUUUACUUUUUGUGCUAUUACAUCAGGGUGUUGAUUGUUUACCAGCUUCAACACCAAAGAUGCCAGCAGUCACUUGGACACUCACUCUUUCUCUUUUAAUAAGUAACUUAUGAGUGUGGUUCAUUUUUGGCACAGUCCAUCGUUCAGAGACACGCGCACAAAGACACCGCUGCAUAUCAUCGAUGAGGUCAGUCUCACUGAUUUUACCCCACACGUUAAGUUGGCACCAGUUUUACUGUUUGAACUCAAUUCGGUCACGAUGUAAGCUUGUCACAGAUAAAAUUAUAAUUGGGCGGCUGUGAAAUUCUGUAUCAUCUGAAUUUCUUUCCGUUUUUAAAAAAUGUGACAUGUAGGUUUGGUAGUGUUUUACUAAAAAAAAAAGCUGAUACUUUUACUUGUUAAGGAAACAGUGCUUCUUAUCGCAAAUCUUAACCAACUCACGCAUACCGUUUCCUCGGGAUUAUUGUUCACCUUUAAUGCUGGUUAACCGAAGCACAGAGGUUUGUGCUGUUUUUCUCCCAGUAUGGCUUUGCAAUAUAUCUAUGUUGCUUAGAAAUGCUGAUGUGUAUCAACAGCAUUUGUACAGUCGCUGAUAAUAGGCUGUUGUUUCAUAGUAGCUUAAGGUUGCCUGAAGAUGUGAAUUGCAUGAGUACACUUCAUGAAUAUCCAGAAAAAGUUCAUACUGAUAUGGAGGACCUUGGAAACCAUGAGAAAUAACAUUAUUUUUGCUUCUUUUUUUUUUUGUUACUGCCGUGUAAAUGAUCCCUUUUAAAGAGGAGAAAAACAAAUUAUGCAAGAUAAAAGGGUGUUUGUUUUUAAGGCUUUUGUAAAUAAAGGCUUCUGAAUUUUCUUACA